UUGAUUUGACGCAGUAACGUGUGGGGCGAGUUCAGGGGGGAGGUAAACAAGAUGGCGACAACCUGAGAGGCAAGAGUAGCACGAAUAGUCAGAAAAUUUUAUUAGUAUUUUGUCAGACGAGAGGAUUACUAGCUUUGUCGAGGACGGUCACACAGCGGGCACCAUGCUCUGGAAACUGUGGUGACAUGGAGGACACCUAAGAACGGUUCAACAUAUUGGAUGGUCCAGUCAACCUUCUGGAGCUUGAUUGGCACUAGUGACACCGACACUACCACAGCUUCGGUUGUUGGUCUACAUUUGGAUCCAGACCAUCUAUAAACACGCUUGUGUGUCCUGAGGAAACUGUCCUUUAGUAUGGACCUCUGACAGAUAUGUAUUGUUAUAAGGCCUUAAAGAAAGACUGGUUGCCUUUACCUAAAGUUGUAUUGUAUUAGAACCCUAAAAAAAUUAUUCAGACUGACUCAGAUCAUAAUUACACUGUAAAACCUUCCCCCAACUUUCUGUUCAGCAUUAAUCAUAAUAAACCUAGCUCAUAAUGAACAGUAUUAAGCACUAACUCAGCACUGGAGCCAGAUUGUUCUGCACCUUUUUUUUUUUUAACCCCUUUUGAAUAAAAAGAGCCCUAAUGUUUACAGGAUUCAGAUUAUUCACCCACCUGUUUCCUCAACCCUCAGGCCCCUUUUCUCUUUCACCUAUUUUCAGUUUUUUUCAUCUUGUUUUCAUUCAUUUAUCUUGUCUAAUGGAUCUACCUAGUUUAGUGCUAAAAGGUUAACAGCAGAUUACACGUUAGCGGCCAGAGCCACUUGCUUUGUCGUGCACCCAAGGAUUAAGCUGUUGUAAAUCUCGCCAUCAUGAGUGACAGCGACCUGCCUCAUCUCGACUAUCUAAAUGAAAAUGAACUCAUGGAGAUGGAUACUUUCAUUCACCGCAUUGACUCUACCGAGGUGAUCUAUCAACCCCGGAGGAAGAGGGCCAAGCUGAUAGGAAAGUACCUGAUGGGGGACCUGCUGGGGGAAGGAUCUUAUGGCAAAGUUAAAGAAAUGCUGGACUCAGAGACACUUUGCCGCAGGGCUGUCAAGAUACUGAAGAAGAAGAAGCUUAGGAGGAUUCCUAAUGGAGAAGCCAAUGUAAAAAAGGAAAUUCAGCUGCUAAGAAGACUCCAACACAAGAAUGUGAUCCAGUUGGUUGACGUGCUCUACAACGAAGAGAAGCAGAAAAUGUAUAUGGUGAUGGAGUAUUGUGUUUGUGGAAUGCAAGAAAUGCUGGACAGCGUCCCGGAGAAAAGGUUCCCAAUAUUUCAAGCUCACGGGUACUUUUGCCAACUCAUAGAUGGCCUUGAAUAUUUACACAGCCAGGGAAUAGUUCACAAAGACAUUAAACCAGGAAAUCUGCUGCUGACCACAGACGGAUCUCUUAAAAUCUCCGACCUUGGAGUAGCAGAGGCCCUUCACCCGUUUGCAGAAGAUGACACGUGUCGUACGAGUCAGGGCUCACCGGCCUUCCAGCCCCCAGAGAUCGCCAACGGACUGGACACCUUUUCUGGGUUUAAAGUGGACAUUUGGUCUGCUGGAGUAACACUAUAUAACAUUACAACAAGUCUUUAUCCGUUUGAGGGAGACAACAUCUAUAAGCUAUUUGAAAACAUUGGUAAAGGAGACUACACUAUUCCUGAGGAGUGUGGACCCCUCCUGUCUGACCUGCUGCAAGGAAUGCUUGAGUAUGACCCUUCAAAGAGGUUUUCCAUACAGAAGAUAAGGCAACACAACUGGGUACGGAAGAAACAUCCUCCGUCCGAGCGGCCGGUGCCCAUCCCUGCCAGCGCAGAGAGCAGGGACCAGUGGCGCAGCAUGACAGUUGUUCCCUACCUAGAGGAUUUGCACGGCUAUACAGAGGAUGAUGACGACGAGCUCUAUGAUGGAGAGGAUGAGAUCAUAUACACUCAGGACUUCACAGUGCCAGGGCAAGUGGUGGAAGAGCAUCAGGAUCAGGGGAAUGCAGACCACAGCCCACCGGUAGCUAAGCCAGUUUGUGUGAAUGGGACAGAAGCGGGGUCUCUAAACAGCAAGACCAAAGCUGAACGCAGGUCCUCCUCCUCGUCCAACCCCUCACGUAAAGGAGUUUCCACAGCCAGCAAAAUCCGCAAGCUCUCCACCUGCAAACAGCAAUGACAGCCCUCUGAUCACCAUUCUCCCACAACAACAGCCCAUCUGGUCCAUCUGUCCUCAUCCUUUGUCUGGAGUCCUCAUUGAUGGGAAUGAAUCCUGCUGACAUUAACGUCCCCACAUCUCCCAGGACCGCUAGUCUUUUUGUAGAGGAGGGGAGAAGAAGUGACCGGGAGGAAAAGGACGGCAUGAAAAAGUUCUGUUUGCUCUGAGACUGAAGCACUUCCUGUGAAGAUGUUUAUUUUCUCCCAACAUUUUUGACUCCUUUCAACUUGUGUCAUCCGGUUCUGGUUAUUUCCUACUCACCCGUUCUGUCAUCCUCGUCAGAUGGCCAAGUAUUGCACCAGACGUUUCAGACACCAUCACCCCUGUUCCCACCCAAAUCCCAUCCUUUUGUUUCUUCAACUACCUUUUUGUUUUUACUGAACCCUGAUGCUGUUGUUUUUUUUUUUUUCAUACACAUUGUGGUGUGUAAUACAUUAAAGUGGGGAAAAAAGAAA